GUGGCGGCUACCGCAGGCAGGGGGCGGCAACAUGGCGGCGUGAGCGGCGGCGCUGGUGCGAGAGGAGCGGCGGCGGCGGCGGCGGCUGUGGCUCCCGAACAACAGCGGAGUCUGAGGGGAGGAGAGAGGGAGGCAGGGCCUGGCCGCCCUUCCGCGGCCCCUUCUCUCCGCUGAGGGGAGCUGCUCCUGACUAACGGGGCAGCAGCGCCCCAUAAUAAUCCCUCAUCAUCCUUAUAGAUGGCGAACGAGAAGCCCGAGCCGCAGCCGCAGCCGCCGGGGCUCAUCCCAGUCGGGGCCAGCAGCGCCGGAGGGGCCGCGGCGGCGGCGGCGGCGGCAGCAGCAGCAGCGGCAGCAUCGAUGGCCCCACCGACCACCACCAGCACCACCGGCGGAGGCAGCGGCAGUGGCAGCGGCAGCGGCAUCCUCCUCCUCGGCGGCGGCGGCAACAACAGCAUCAGCCUCUCCUCCUCCUCCUCGGCGGCGGCGGCGGUGAUGGGGGAGCUGAGGGCGCCGGGCGCCUCCGGGCCGGUGGUGCUCCCCGCGGGCAUGAUCAACCCCUCGGUGCCCCUCCGCAACAUCCGCAUGAAAUUCGCCGUCCUCAUCGGACUCAUCCAGGUCGGAGAGGUCAGCAACAGGGACAUCGUCGAGACAGUGCUCAACCUGCUGGUUGGCGGAGAAUUCGAUCUAGAGAUGAACUUUAUAAUCCAGGAUGCAGAAAGUAUAACUUGCAUGUCAGAACUCUUAGAGCACUGUGAUGUAACAUGUCAAGCAGAAAUUUGGAGUAUGUUCACCGCCAUCCUUCGCAAAAGUGUACGCAAUUUACAGACCAGCACAGAAGUUGGUUUAAUUGAACAAGUGCUACUGAAGAUGAGUACUGUGGAUGAUAUGAUUGCAGAUCUGCUCGUUGAUAUGUUGGGGGUUCUUGCCAGCUACAGCAUUACUGUCAAGGAGUUGAAGCUUUUGUUCAGCAUGCUUCGUGGCGAAAAUGGAAUCUGGCCUAGACAUGCAGUCAAGCUGUUGUCAGUCCUUAAUCAAAUGCCACAGAGACAUGGUCCUGACACCUUUUUCAACUUCCCAGGCUGCAGUGCUGCAGCAAUUGCAUUGCCUCCUAUUGCCAAGUGGCCUUACCAGAAUGGAUUUACGCUUAACACCUGGUUUCGCAUGGAUCCAUUGAACAAUAUUAAUGUAGAUAAGGAUAAACCAUAUCUCUAUUGUUUUCGAACUAGCAAAGGUGUGGGAUAUUCUGCUCAUUUUGUUGGCAAUUGCUUAAUAGUUACAUCACUGAAGUCAAAAGGCAAAGGUUUUCAACACUGUGUAAAGUAUGAUUUUCAGCCUCGCAAGUGGUACAUGAUUAGCAUUGUGCACAUCUACAAUCGCUGGAGAAAUAGUGAAAUCCGCUGUUAUGUAAAUGGUCAACUAGUAUCCUAUGGUGAUAUGGCUUGGCAUGUGAACACAAAUGACAGCUAUGAUAAAUGCUUUCUGGGAUCAUCUGAAACUGCUGAUGCAAAUAGAGUGUUUUGUGGUCAGCUUGGAGCAGUAUAUGUAUUCACAGAAGCUUUGAAUCCAGCACAGAUAUUUGCAAUACAUCAGCUAGGACCUGGAUAUAAGAGUACUUUCAAAUUUAAAUCGGAAAGUGAUAUUCAUCUGGCAGAACAUCACAAACAGGUUCUAUAUGAUGGGAAACUUGCAAGUAGUAUUGCCUUCACUUACAAUGCCAAGGCUACAGAUGCUCAGCUAUGCCUUGAAUCUUCACCAAAGGAAAAUCCUUCAAUUUUUGUACACUCCCCUCAUGCUCUUAUGCUUCAGGAUGUGAAAGCAAUUGUGACUCAUUCAAUCCACAGUGCAAUUCAUUCAAUAGGAGGAAUCCAAGUUCUUUUCCCUCUCUUUGCUCAAUUAGACAAUCGGCAAUUACAUGAUAGUCAGGUGGAAACAACAGUCUGUGCUACUCUCUUGGCUUUCCUGGUGGACCUUCUUAAGAGCUCAGUAGCCAUGCAGGAACAAAUGUUGGGUGGAAAAGGAUUCCUAGUUAUUGGCUACCUCCUUGAAAAGUCAUCCAGAGUUCAUAUAACAAGAGCUGUGCUGGAACAGUUUUUGUCGUUUGCAAAAUAUCUGGAUGGACUCUCACAUGGAGCACCAUUACUCAAACAAUUAUGUGACCAUAUCCUUUUCAACCCUGCUAUUUGGAUACAUACUCCUGCAAAGGUGCAGCUUUCAUUGUAUACCUACUUGUCUGCUGAAUUCAUUGGCACUGCUACAAUCUACACUACAAUACGUAGAGUAGGGACAGUAUUACAGCUAAUGCACACACUGAAAUACUACUAUUGGGUGGUUAAUCCUGCUGAUAGCAGUGGCAUCACUCCUAAAGGUUUGGAAGGUCCUCGGCCAUCACAGAAGGAAAUAAUAUCAUUACGAGCAUUCAUGCUUUUAUUUUUGAAACAGCUUAUUUUGAAGGAUCGAGGAGUCAAAGAAGAUGAACUACAAAGUAUCUUAAAUUACUUGUUAACAAUGCAUGAGGAUGAAAAUAUUCAUGAUGUACUUCAAUUGCUUGUGGCUUUAAUGUCUGAACAUCCAGCAUCUAUGAUACCUGCCUUUGAUCAGCGAAAUGGGAUACGAGUGAUUUAUAAAUUGUUGGCCUCAAAAAGUGAGAGUAUCUGGGUGCAGGCUCUGAAGGUACUAGGGUAUUUUCUGAAACAUCUGGGACAUAAGCGAAAAGUUGAAAUUAUGCAUACACACAGUCUGUUCACUCUUCUUGGAGAGAGAUUGAUGUUGCAUACAAAUACUGUGACCAUUACAACUUACAACACACUUUAUGAGAUUUUGACAGAACAAGUGUGUACACAAGUUGUGCAUAAACCACACCCAGAACCAGAUUCUACUGUGAAAAUUCAGAAUCCAAUGAUCCUUAAAGUGGUGGCCACUUUAUUAAAGAAUUCCACACCAAGUGCAGAACUGAUGGAAGUUCGACGUUUGUUUUUAUCAGACAUGAUAAAACUUUUCAGUAAUAGCCGAGAAAACAGGAGAUGUUUACUUCAGUGUUCAGUAUGGCAAGACUGGAUGUUUUCUCUUGGAUAUAUUAAUCCUAAGAAUUCAGAAGAACAGAAAAUUACUGAGAUGGUUUAUAACAUCUUCCGUAUUCUUUUGUACCAUGCAAUAAAGUAUGAAUGGGGAGGAUGGAGGGUCUGGGUUGAUACUCUUUCCAUAGCUCAUUCCAAGGUCACCUAUGAGGCUCAUAAGGAGUACCUAGCAAAAAUGUAUGAGGAGUAUCAAAGACAAGAAGAGGAGAACAUAAAAAAGGGGAAAAAGGGGAAUGUGAGCACUAUCUCAGGCCUUUCAGCACAGACAACUGGAGCAAAAGGUGCAAUGGAGAUUCGUGAAAUAGAGGACCUUUCACAAAGCCAAAGUCCUGAAAGUGAAACAGACUAUCCUGUCAGUACAGAUACCAGGGAUUUGCUCAUUGCAACAAAAGUAUCUGAUGAUGUACUAGGAACUUCAGAUAGACCAGGGGGUGGUGUGCAUGUUGAGGUUCAUGACUUAUUAGUUGACAUAAAAGCAGAAAAGGUAGAAGCUACUGAAGUAAAACUGGAUGAUAUGGAUCUGUCACCAGAGACUUUGGUAACUAGGGAGAAUGGUGCUCUUGUGGAAGUAGAGUCCUUACUGGACAAUGUAUAUAGUGCUGCAGUUGAAAAACUUCAGAACAAUGUUCAUGGUAGUGUUGGCAUAAUUAAGAAAAGUGAAGAGAAGGACAAUGGCCCUUUGAUAACACUGGCUGAUGAGAAAGACGAGCCUUCCACCAAUACCUCAUUUCUUUUUGAUAAAAUUCCAAGCCAAGAAGAAAAAUUACUGCCUGAAUUAUCCAGCAAUCACAUUACUAUUGCAAAUAUGCAAGAGGCUCAAAUGCACCUUGCUGUGAAUGAUGACCUUGGACUUCUUGCUCACAUGACUGGCAGUGCUGACAUAGCAUGCACUUCAAGCAUAAUAGAAGACAAGGAUUUCAAGAUUCAUACAUCUGUGGAUGCAAUGGGUACUCUUUCUGAGAGGGAGCUAGCUUCGUCAUCAAAGGGAUUGGAGUAUACUGAAAUGGCUGCUACAACCCUUGAGACUGACUCUUCUGCUGGUAAAACUGUACCAAAUGCAGAUGCAGGAAGUAUCAUAUCAGAUACAGAAAGAUCUGAUGAUGGGAAAGAAGUAGGGAAGGAAAUAAGAAAAAUCCAAACCACCACUACAACCCAAGCUGUGCAAGGUCGGUCUAUUACACAACAGGACAGAGACCUUCGUGUUGAUUUGGGUUUUCGAGGAAUGCCAAUGACAGAAGAGCAGAGACGACAGUUUAGUCCAGGUCCGCGUACAACAAUGUUUCGUAUUCCAGAGUUUAAAUGGUCCCCAAUGCAUCAAAGGCUACUGACUGACCUGCUCUUUGCUUUAGAAACUGAUGUGCAUGUUUGGAGAAGCCAUUCUACAAAGUCUGUUAUGGAUUUUGUCAACAGCAAUGAAAAUAUCAUUUUUGUACAUAACACUAUCCACCUCAUUUCCCAAAUGGUAGACAAUAUUAUUAUUGCCUGUGGAGGAAUUCUACCAUUGUUGUCUGCAGCAACAUCUCCAACUGGGUCUAAGACUGAAUUGGAGAAUAUUGAAGUAACUCAGGGUAUGUCAGCAGAGACAGCAGUGACUUUCCUCAGCCGCCUGAUGGCUAUGGUUGAUGUACUAGUAUUUGCCAGCUCACUAAAUUUUAGUGAAAUUGAAGCUGAAAAAAACAUGUCUUCUGGAGGCUUAAUGCGACAGUGCCUAAGGCUUGUAUGUUGUGUUGCUGUGAGGAACUGUUUGGAGUGUCGACAAAGGCAGAGAGAGAGAGUAAACAAAUCAUCAUUAAUCAGUGGUAAAACUCAGGAGACCCUUCAAGGCAUAAGUGCAUCUACUGCUGCUAAGACUCCACUAGAAAAUGUUCCUGGCAAUUUAUCUCCAAUUAAAGACCCUGAUAGGCUUCUCCAGGAUGUUGAUAUUAAUCGCCUGCGAGCAGUUGUAUUUCGUGAUGUGGACGACAGCAAACAGGCACAAUUUUUAGCAUUGGCUGUAGUUUACUUCAUAUCUGUAUUAAUGGUUUCCAAGUAUCGAGAUAUACUUGAACCACAACGAGAAACUGCAAGGUCUGGAAGCCAGGCAGGUAGAAAUAUCAGGCAAGAAAUAAAUUCACCAACAAGUACAGUUGUGGUCAUACCAUCUAUCCCACACCCAAGUUUGAACCAUGGAUUUCUUGCCAAGUUAAUUCCUGAGCAGAGCUUUACUCACUCAUUUUACAAAGAGACUCCUGCUGUAUUUCCAGAUAAUAUCAAAGAAAAAGAAACCCCAACACCAGUUGAAGAUAUUCAGCUAGAAAGCUCUAUUCCUCAUACUGAUUCUGGAAUUGGAGAAGAACAAAUGCCCAGUAUCUUGAAUGGUACAGACUUGGAAACUAGCACAGGUCCUGAUGCUAUGAGUGAACUGUUGUCUACUUUAUCUUCUGAGGUUAAGAAAUCUCAGGAAAGUUUGAUAGAAAGUCCUAGUGAAAUUCUGAAACCUGCAUCCUCUAUAUCAAGUAUCAGCCAAAGCAAGGGCAUCAAUGUCAAAGAAAUAUUGAAAAGUUUGGUGGCAGCUCCAGUUGAAAUUGCAGAAUGUGGCCCUGAUCCUGUUCCUUAUCCUGAUCCUGCAUUGAAAAGAGAAACUCAGCCUAUUCUUCCAAUGCAGUUUCACUCCUUUGACAGGAGUGUUGUAGUACCAGUGAAGAAACCUCCUCCUGGAAGCCUAGCGGUGACCACAGUAGGAACUUCCACAGCUGGAGGUGGAGUUCUACCAAGUAGUACACCUAAUAUAUUUGCUGCUACAGGAGCUACACCAAAAAGUAUGAUUAAUACAACAGGUGCAGUGGAUUCAGGAUCUUCUUCAUCGUCUUCCUCAUCUAGUUUUGUGAAUGGUGCUACCAGCAAGAACCUCCCUGCUGUUCAGACUGUUGCACCAAUGCCCGAGGAUUCUGCUGAAAACAUGAGCCAAGCCCUCCGAUACAACCGCAUCUGCUCAGACUCACAAGACAGAGACUCAAAACUCUUGGAUUUACAACAGACAUUUCUCAGACUACAGUACCCACCUACGGAGGUGAAGAAACACAUCAACAAGGCAAAAUUAAUACCCUGGAAUGAUCUACUACAAGACAGACCAAAAUCACAAAAGGACAGAAUAACCCUAGUGGUCACCUUUAGUCCCCUGCUGGGACUAUUCAAAUGCACCAUCAACAAGCUACAAUCAGUUCCGGAGUAUAAUGCAGCCCUCUCACUAGCUCUGAAAGGCAAGUUUUUAUAGGCCUACAAGUCGUAAACAAUUUACUCACUUACAGCAUGAUACCUAACAUGAAUGGUAAUACAGGGACAAGACCUUGUUACAAGCCCAAAUGCCAAUUCAGUCCCCACAUCCACUCUGGGAGCAAUGUUACAGGGGCCGGUAAGAUCACCCACAACAUCAAAGGUGCAUUUACUUUUCUUCCAAUGUGCUAUAUGCCAACUCAUGCCAGUAAUGCUUCUCUACAUUCUACAUUGGACAAACAGAACAGUUUCUGUACAAGAUAAUUAAUGGAUACAAAUCUGACAUUAGAAAUGGCAAUACUCCAAAACCAGUUGAAGAACAUUUUCAACCUUCUAGGACAUACAGAAGUGGAUUUACAGGUUGCGGUCUUUGAACAAGGAUAUUGCAAAGGAAAAGUAGAAAGAGAAACAGUUGAAUUUAAUUAUAUUCACAAAUGGUUAGCAGAGGUCUGAACAAAGACAAUGCCUUCAUGGAACACUACAUAUGUUAAUGCAAAAUCCUCACUACUGCACAUAUAACAAAAUGAAUAUGGGUUUUGAACCCAUGGAAACUGACUUUUGGUAAGCAGGUUUAUUGUUUUCACACAUCAAUACUAACUGGCCACUGUAAAGACCUCAUUCAGCCAUUUGAAAAUUAUGGUCAAGGAAGAAGCAAAAAGGCACCUUUCUGGAUACUAUUUCAUUCUAUUCCACUCCCAGAACUGUAAAAAAAUGAGGACUUACUACAUCUUGUUACUGCAUUCAAAGUGUGUUUAUACUCAUGAAAGCACAUGUUAAAGUGAAAACCAGUUAGUCUUAAAGGUUCUGCCACAUUUUUUCUUUUCACCCCCUCCUUUCCUCCUUUUUAUGCAGCAGGA